AUGUCUAUUGACACAGUUCAUAGACAAAUGUCUGUUGACAUAGUAGAUAGACACAUGUUUGUUGACAUAGUAGAUAGACACAUGUCUGUUGGCAUAGUAGAUAGACACAUGUUUGUUGACAUAGUAGAUAGACACAUGUCUGUUGACAUAGUAGAUAGACACAUGUCUGUUGACAUAGUUCAUAGACAAAUGUCUGUUGACAUAGUAGAUAGACACAUGUCUCUUGACAUAGUAGAUAGACACAUGUCUGUUGACAUAGUUCAUAGACAAAUGUCUGUUGACAUAGUAGAUAGACACAUGUCUGUUGACAUAGGUGAUAGACACAUGUAUGUUGGCAUAGUAUAUAGACACAUGUCUGUUGACAUAGUACAUAGACACAUGUCUGUUGACAUAGUACAUAGACACAUGUCUGUUGACAUAGGUGAUAGACACAUGUCUGUUGGCAUAGUAGAUAGACACAUGUCUGUUGACAUAGUAGAUAGACACAUGUCUGUUGACAUAGUAUAUAGACACAUGUCUGUUGACAUAGUAGAUAGACACAUGUCUGUUGACAUAGUAGAUAGACACAUGUCUGUUGACAUAGUAGAUAGACACAUGUCUGUUGACAUAGUAGAUAGACACAUGUCUGUUGACAUAGUAGAUAGACACAUGUCUGUUGACAUAGUAGAUAGACACAUGUCUGUUGACAUAGUAGAUAGACACAUGUCUGUUGACAUAGUAGAUAGACACAUGUCUGUUGACAUAGUAGAUAGACACAUGUCUGUUGACAUAACACAUGUGAAUGUUGACAUAGUAGAUAGACACAUGUAUGUUGACAUAGUACAUAGAUACAUGUCUGUUGACAAAGUAGAUAGACACAUGUCUGUUGACAUAGUAGAUAGACACAUGUCUGUUGACAUAGUAGAUAGACACAUGUCUGUUGACAUAGUAGAUAGACACAUGUCUGUUGACAUAGUAGAUAGACACAUGUCUGUUGACAUAGUAGAUAGACACAUGUCUGUUGACAUAGUAUAUAGACACAUGUCUGUUGACAUAGUAGAUAGACACAUGCCUGUCGACAUAGUAGAUAGACACAUGUCUGUUGACAUAGUAUAUAGACACAUGUCUGUGGACAUAGUAUAUAGACACAUGUCUGUUGACAUAGAAGAUAGACACAUGUCUGUUGACAUAGUAGAUAGACACAUGUCUGUUGACAUAGUAGAUAUACACAUGUCUGUUGACAUAGUAGAUAGACACAUGUCUGAUGACAUAAAACAUGUGAAUGUUGACAUAGUAGAUAGACACAUGUCUGUUGACAUAGUACAUAGACACAUGUCUGUUGACAAAGUAGAUAGACACAUGUCUGUUGUCAUAGUAGAUAGACACAUGCCUGUUGACAUAGUAGAUAGACACAUGUCUGUUGGCAUAGUAGAUAGACACAUGUCUGUUGACAUAGUAGAUAGACACAUGUCUGUUGACAUAGUAUAUAGACACAUGUCUGUUGACAUAGUAGAUAGACACAUGUCUGUUGACAUAGUAGAUAGACACAUAUAUGUUGACAUAGUAGAUAGACACAUGUCUGUUGACAAAGUAGAUAGACACAUGUCUGUUGACAUAGUAGAUAGACACAUGUAUGUUGACAAAGUAGAUAGACACAUGUGA